ACAACAUGUGAUCAAUAUUGGCGGUAAACGUGGUUAUAAGCAUUUAAUACUUUUUUUAUUUAGAAUGUGAGCAAAGGGUUUUUAACUUGUAAAUAACUUUAUUUUGAGUUGGAGCAUAAGGUUGCCAAAGGGAAGCCAAGCUUCAAGAAGAAGAAGCAAAGGAUUUUGUAGAAAGUAGUGAAAUGAACACUAUUUCCAGCUUUUAAUUUCAGGAACUAUUUUGCGAGUACUUUUAUUCUGUUCGAAAAUAUUUGUGUGUAUGAGUAAAUUGCAAAUAAUAUUUGUUUUAUAAAGCAUGGCGAAAAGCAAUUAUGAAUAUGUUAAAAACUUUGAAAGUACCGAUCAAAUAUUGCCAAAUACGUGGAUUGUUGUGCGCAUUGAUGGAAAAAAUUUCCAUAAGUUUGCUGAUAGCCAUCAAUUUGAGAAACCAAAUGAUCAAAGAUGUUUAGAUUUAAUGAAUAAAUCUGCUUGUCAUGUGAUGAAAGAAAUCGAUGAUAUAAAAUUUGCUUACGGUCAGAGUGACGAAUACAGUUUUAUUUUCGAGCGAACUACAAAACUUUAUAAAAGAAGAUCAAGUAAAAUAUUAACAAAUGUGUGUAGUCUAUUCACAGCAUCAUUUGUAUUUUAUUGGAAGGAUGUAUUUAGUGAUAAAAACUUGGUAUACCCGCCGUCGUUCGAUGGACGAGUUGUAAUAUAUCCCACAAAUAAGAAUUUGCGUGAUUAUUUAAGCUGGCGGCAAGCUGAUUGUCACAUAAAUAAUUUAUAUAACACUACUUUUUGGGCAUUGGUGCAGCAGGGAGGUUUGUCCCGUAAAGAAGCCGAAGAAAAAAUAAGGUUUACAGUUUCCGCAGAAAAGAAUGAAAUUUUGUUCACGCAGUUCGGUGUAAAUUAUAAUAAGGAAAAAGAACAGUUCAGAAAAGGGUCAUUUAUUAUUAGAGAGAAACUGCAUAAAAAACCGAUUGUAUUCGAGAAUCAUAAUAAUGAAGUGUUACAUGGUCUGAUUAUUUCACAUACAGAUAUCAUCGGAAAUGUACUGUGGAAAGAUAAUCCUCAUAUAUUAGGAGAUGAGUAACUACCUUAAAAUUAGAGAAUUAUUAAUGUUAAUAUUUAUUGACCAAAUUGUAGAAAUUUUAUUGUAUAUGCCUUGAUUAUAAAUUAAAUAUUUUUUAUGUAUAAA